UAGGCUGGAGCCACACGAGCGUACAAAAUGCGCACGUUAUGACGGACGUACUUUUUAACGCGCGUACUAGAGUGGGCACACGAGCGUUGGUAUGACGUCCGUUAAAAAUAAAUCUAAUUGGAAUUGAUACUAAAAUAGUACAUUCACCGUAUAAUACUUGUGGUAAAAAGUAGUGUUAUUAGAAUAAUUUUUACUUCUAACGAUGGAUACACAUGAUGUUUUUACUUUUGGUUCUUUAGUGUAUUUAUACCUUAAAACAAAACCAAAAAAUAGAAAACAUUGGGUUCAUCCAAUCAACAGCGAAAGACAUACUUCAGGACAUUACGUGCAACUUUACAAGGAACUACGGCAAGAUCCUGUAAAAUUUUUUAAUUAUUUCCGCAUGAGCAUAAGUUCAUUUGACGAAUUAUUAUCGUAUAUUGAAUGUGACAUACAACGUCAGAACACUAACAUGAGGUUAGCCAUAAGACCUGAAGAAAUGCUUGUCAUAACGUUGAGAUACCUAGCUUCCGGCUGCAGUUUUCAAGAACUGCAUUACAAUUUUCGGAUAGGUAGAUCCACUGCAAGUCAAGUUGUAAGAACAGUUUGCCUAAGUAUUUGGAAAAAUUUAAAAGAGGUAUGCAUUCCUAUACCAGAUGAAAAUAUGUGGCUCAAAAUUUCAGAGGAAUUUAAAAUCAGAUCAAAUUUUCCCAACUGCUUGGGCGCUGUGGACGGUAAACACAUCCGUGUUGUAAAACCGGAGAGAAGUGGCUCUUUGUUUAUGAACUAUAAACACUUUUUUUCAAUUGGGCUUAUGGCUGUCGCUGAUGCAAAUUAUAAAUUCAUUUAUGUCGACGUCGGGUCAUAUGGGAAAGAUUCUGAUUCCACUAUUUUUAGAAAUUCGGUGCUUUGGAAGAAUUUGGAGAGAAAUAAUUUAAAUAUUCCUACAUCGUCACAAGUACCAGGAAUAAAUAUUCCUAUACCUUAUGCUUUUGUUGGUGAUGAAGCUUUUGGUUUAAACACGCAUUUGCUUCGGCCAUACUCCGGUACUCAUUUGCCAAAUCGAAAAAAAAUUUUUAAUUAUCGCUUGACACGUGCUAGACGAUAUGUGGAGUGUACAUUCGGUAUACUUUCAAAUAAAUGGCGUAUAUUCCACAGGCCUAUUGAUGUAAAAGUAGAUUUUGCUGUCGAUAUCGUAAAAAGUUGUUGUGUAUUACACAAUUUCGUUCGCGAUCGGGACGGAUUUAGUUUGGAUGAUACACUAACUAUAAAUGGCUUUGAAGAAUUUGAUGUUUUAGAUAAUUCAGGAAUAAAUCGAAAUACAAAUUUGAUUCGUGAUGCUCUAUCUCAUUAUUUUAUGAGUGACGAAGGAAAAUUGCCAUGGCAGUUUGAAAAAAUCUAAUUAUUUUAAUUAGUAUAAAAACUUAUCAUAUUAAUUAAAUAUUAGUAAAUAAAAUCUUAUAAAUAAUAAAAAUAUUUAAAACAUUUUUACCUUGCAUGUAAUUUAUAAGAAACAAAAAUAAACAUUUAAUUUUUAAUUUAAUUAUGCAUCGUUCAAAUGUUGAUAGAAAAUAUUUGUUUACUUAAAAUGUACAUUAUCAUUACAUUAUAUA